CCGUUCAGUGGGCGGAGCCAGCUGUUGGAUAAACAGAUCCAACCUGAUUAUAAGGGGAAAAAAAGAUGUGCCCUCUGUCUUUUAGGGCUACAGCUGGUAGUGAGCAGCUGAGCAGCUGGACAGCCGAGGCAGAUGCAGCAGCAGCAGCAGCAGCAGCAGGAACCCUGGAUGAGCAUGAGCUCCAAGCCAAAGCCCAUAGAGAUUAUCGGAGCGCCUUUCUCUAAGGGACAGCCUCGAGGAGGGGUAGAGAAAGGCCCCGCAGCAUUAAGGAAAGCUGGCCUGGUGGAGAAGCUUAAAGAAACAGGUAACUUUAAAAUUGAAAAGUACGAUGUGAGAGACCACGGGGAUCUGGCCUUUGUGGACGUCCCCAAUGACAGCCCCUUUCAAAUUGUGAAGAACCCACGGUCUGUGGGAAAAGCCAACGAACAGCUGGCUGCUGUGGUAGCAGAGACCCAGAAGAAUGGAACAGUCAGUGUGGUGCUGGGUGGAGACCACAGUAUGGCAAUUGGAAGCAUCUCUGGCCACGCCAGGGUCCACCCUGACCUAUGCGUCAUUUGGGUGGAUGCUCACACUGACAUCAACACUCCGCUGACAACCAGCUCUGGGAAUCUGCACGGGCAACCGGUGGCCUUUCUCCUGAAGGAACUGAAAGGAAAGUUCCCAGAUGUACCAGGAUUCUCCUGGGUGACUCCCUGCAUAUCUGCCAAGGACAUCGUGUACAUCGGCUUGCGAGAUGUGGACCCUGGGGAACACUAUAUAAUAAAAACUCUGGGCAUUAAGUAUUUCUCAAUGACUGAAGUGGACAAGCUGGGAAUUGGCAAAGUGAUGGAAGAGACCUUCAGCUACCUGCUGGGAAGGAAGAAAAGGCCCAUUCACCUGAGUUUUGAUGUUGAUGGACUGGACCCAGUAUUCACCCCGGCUACGGGCACACCCGUUGUGGGAGGCCUAUCUUACAGAGAAGGUCUCUACAUCACAGAAGAGAUUUACAAGACAGGGCUACUUUCAGGACUAGAUAUCAUGGAAGUGAACCCAACUCUUGGGAAGACACCAGAGGAGGUGACUCGUACUGUGAACACGGCAGUGGCGUUGACCUUGUCUUGUUUCGGAACUAAACGGGAAGGUAAUCAUAAGCCAGAGACUGACUACCUUAAACCACCGAAAUAAAUGUGAAUACAUCGCGUAAAAGUUGUCUGGGGCAUCACAGCAAACCGAACAGAACCAGGCCAACGCUGCUCCUCCCAAGGGCUUGUUCUUUUAGAAAAAGAAUGUUUUUUCCAAUAUGUAUGUGUUGUAGCAGUUCCUUUCUGGAAUGAAAUUCAGGGUGUGGAAAUUAAAACAGCUAUGAAAUUAGGAGACACGUACUUCCCAUUUUAGCAGAAGUUAUCCUUAAGAAGUAGUAUAAAUUAAUAUCUAAUUAAAAAAUGCACCAGGAGUUAAAAUACACAGUGAUGUCAAGUGUCAACUCACGGUUGGAAGCAAAGGCAUCUAAAGAGGUGGCCUGUAUCCACGUCGUUCAAAACAUGUGAUUUUUGUAAUAAACUCUUUAUAAUAAAA